CCACGUCGGGGCGCGGCGGGCGGCGGCGGCGGGAGCGCGUCCCGUCCGGGUCCUGAGGAGCCGCCGCCGCCGCCGCCGCCGCUCGCCAACAUGGCGGACCUGGAGGCCGUGCUGGCCGAUGUCAGCUACCUGAUGGCGAUGGAGAAGAGCAAGGCGACCCCGGCCGCCCGCGCCAGCAAGAAGAUCGUUCUGCCCGAGCCCAGUAUCCGGAGCGUGAUGCAGAAGUAUCUCGAGGAGAGACAUGAAAUCACUUUCGACAAGAUUUUUAAUCAGAAAAUUGGUUUCUUGCUAUUUAAAGAUUUUUGUUUGAAUGAAAUUAAUGAAGCUGUACCUCAGGUGAAGUUUUAUGAAGAGAUAAAAGAAUAUGAAAAACUUGAGAAUGAGGAAGAUCGCCUUUGUAGAAGUCGACAAAUUUAUGAUACUUACAUCAUGAAGGAGCUGCUGUCUUGUUCACAUCCAUUCUCAAAGCAAGCUGUAGAACAUGUGCAAAGUCAUCUAUCCAAGAAACAAGUGACAUCAACUCUUUUUCAGCCUUACAUAGAAGAAAUUUGUGAGAGUCUUCGAGGCAGCAUUUUUCAAAAGUUCAUGGAAAGUGACAAGUUCACUAGAUUUUGUCAGUGGAAAAACGUGGAAUUAAAUAUCCAUUUGACCAUGAAUGAUUUCAGCGUACAUAGGAUUAUUGGACGAGGAGGAUUCGGUGAAGUAUAUGGUUGCAGGAAAGCAGACACUGGAAAAAUGUAUGCGAUGAAAUGCUUGGAUAAGAAGAGGAUCAAGAUGAAACAAGGAGAAACCUUAGCCUUAAAUGAAAGGAUCAUGUUGUCCCUGGUGAGCACAGGAGAUUGUCCUUUCAUUGUCUGUAUGACCUAUGCCUUCCAUACGCCAGAUAAACUCUGCUUCAUCUUGGAUCUGAUGAACGGGGGCGAUUUGCACUAUCACCUUUCACAGCACGGGGUGUUUUCUGAGAAGGAGAUGCGGUUUUACGCCACAGAAGUCAUCCUGGGACUGGAACACAUGCACAAUCGGUUUGUCGUUUACAGAGAUUUGAAGCCCGCAAAUAUCCUCUUGGAUGAACACGGACACGUUAGGAUAUCAGACCUUGGUCUUGCCUGCGAUUUUUCCAAAAAGAAGCCGCACGCGAGUGUCUUUUCCCCCCACGCCCGCCCUGCCUUGGAGACCCUCGUGACCGUGGAAGGGUGGGAGAUACGAUGGGCAUAUGUGCGAGCCCUGGCCCUCAGCACGGGAAGGUGGCGCCACACAGGGACGCCCGUGCCCAUCCCUUCCAGGGGCACCCACGGGUACAUGGCUCCCGAGGUCCUGCAGAAAGGGACCGCGUACGACAGCAGCGCCGACUGGUUCUCCCUGGGUUGUAUGCUUUUCAAACUUCUGAGAGGCCACAGCCCUUUCAGACAACAUAAAACCAAAGAUAAGCGUGAGAUAGACCGAAUGACACUCACCAUGAAUGUGGAACUUCCAGACAUCUUCUCCCCUGAGCUGAAGUCCCUUCUGGAAGGCUUGCUCCAGCGAGACGUUAGUAAGCGACUCGGCUGCCACGGACGCGGUGCACAGGAACUAAAAACGCACGACUUCUUCAGAGGCAUCGACUGGCAGCAGGUCUACCUGCAGAAGUACCCUCCACCCUUGAUCCCUCCCCGGGGGGAAGUCAAUGCGGCCGACGCCUUUGACAUCGGCUCAUUUGAUGAAGAGGAUACCAAAGGCAUCAAGCUUCUUGAUUGCGACCAAGAACUCUACAAGAACUUCCCUUUGGUGAUCUCUGAGCGCUGGCAGCAGGAAGUGGCGGAAACUGUUUAUGAAGCAGUAAAUGCAGACACGGAUAAAGUGGAGGCCAGGAAGAGAGCUAAAAAUAAGCAGCUUGGCCACGAAGAAGAUUACGCUCUGGGAAGAGACUGCAUCAUGCACGGGUACAUGCUGAAGCUGGGGAACCCAUUCCUGACUCAGUGGCAGCGUCGAUAUUUUUACCUCUUUCCAAACAGACUUGAAUGGAGAGGAGAGGGCGAGUCACGACAAAAUUUACUGACGAUGGAACAGAUUGUGUCUGUGGAAGAAACUCAGAUUAAAGACAAAAAGUGCAUUUUGUUGAGGAUAAAAGGAGGGAAGCAAUUUGUCUUGCAGUGUGAGAGUGACCCCGAGUUUUUGCAGUGGAAGAAAGAGCUGACGGAGACGUUCACCGAGGCCCAGCGACUGUUACGUCGAGCCCCCAAGUUCCUCAACAAAUCCCGCUCGGCUGUCGUGGAGCUCUCGAAGCCGCCCCUCUGCCACAGGAACAGCAAUGGCCUCUGACCCCUGGCACGGGGAGGGUCCCACGAGACGGCACCUCCUCCGGGAAGUCCACAUGGGCUGCUCGACCCGCGAAGUGGAGCCUUUGGGAGAAGUGUGAGGAUGAGAGAUGGAGUCGCUCACCUCCGGGGUGCUCCGUGGCUGGGGGGGCCCAGGACUCUGCGAUGCUCCUACUAGGAGUGGCGACCACCCUCAGGCUUGGGGCGCCUCCUCCCCUCCUGAGGACCUCCCGCCAUGAUCGCAUCCAUCCGCCCUCGAAACUACUGAAGAAACAAAGUUCUCUUUCUUUGCCACACACUUCUUUUGGUUAUAGAUGAACCUAGAACUUGAAAUGAUUCCUACUGAUUGUGUCCCUUUUUGCAUCCGAUAUCAAAUGUAUCUCAGGCUUGCCAAGAUGGGAUCGAACAGUCUGCCGUUCAGGUUGCCCCAGCGUUGCCACGAUCUGUCCAUAAUCGGCCCCGGCUGGGUUUAGGUGUCUUUGCUCCAUAGUCCUGGCAGGAUGGCAGACCAGCUGGGUGUCCUCUGUGCCCUUGAGAACCAGCCUCUCGUUGUCUCGGGGCUUGAAAGCUGCAGAGGUUUUCUGAGAGGGCUGCACCUGGGCCCUCCCCGCGGGUGCCGCACCCACGGGUACCAGCCUGCCUCCGGCUGGGAGCUUAGGCAGCUGGGACCAAGGGCGUGGGAGCCGCUCAGCAUCGAAGGCGUCAGAUGGUAGAUGGUUGGAGGCUCACGGUGGCCCUGCAGGAGAGGCAGUGGCGUUCACAUCUCACGGUGACACAGCCGUUUUCAAACCGUCAAGUCGGUGCACUUCCCCUGGGUGCACAGGACCGCCUGCGGGCGCCCGUGUCGGGCUCGGACUGGAAGCGGUCGUGAGACACAGCAACUCUGGUUCCCUC